AUCAACUGCAAUUGACCAUGGCCGAACAAGCAACUGAAGAAGAUAUCCUCCUUGCUAAGCGUAUCAUCUCGGCGGCAGAGCGUCAUGAUGUACCGGCAUUGAACAUCUUGCUCAAAGACGGCUCAGCCAACGUCCAGGACCCCACCGCGACAGUCGCAACAUCGCCACUCCACGCAGCAAUUGCAGCAUGCGGGAAAGCCGAGGAGGGAAAAGAGGCGAGUGAUGCGGCAGUCCAAACGGUGGAAAUUUUGCUCCAAAAUGGCGCUAUCUGGAACGACUUGAACAAGGAGGACGAAACACCAGGUUGCAUUGCGCUCCGCCUAGGCCAAAAGAAAAUCUACGACAUGAUGGUCGAAGCCGGUGUACGUGCCGAGAUUCUCUUUGCGCGACUGGAAGCCCUGGGUAUGGGUGAGGCUGCCUCAGACGCCGAGGAAGACGCGGAAAUUCGUGAAGAACAGCCAGCAGCCAAAAAGCAAAAGGUUUCCACUGAGGAAGCCAAGCCCGUCGAGCAGCCAGAGCCCGAGGCCCAUGAUCCAGCUGGCAUGGACGAUGUUUCUCUAGACAACAAAGCAUACCUCAAGAGUCAGCUGCGGUACAAACCAGGCAUCCUGCUUGACGAAUCCGACAAUGCCGUCAUGAUGGACUGGGAAACGCAAAUCAUGCAGCGCCACGCCGAGACGCUGAUUCCCAAAAAGGGACUUCGUACUAUGAACGUAGGGCACGGGAUGGGUAUUGUGGACACGGCAAUUCUUACACAUGAUCCCGCUGAGCACCACAUCGUUGAGGCGCAUCCUCAGGUGCACCAGCGCCUCCGCGAACAGGGCUGGUACGACAAGCCCAAUGUCAAGAUCCACGAGGGGAGGUGGCAGGAUGUGCUUCCUAAGCUGGUGGAGCAGGGCGUUGUGCUAGAUGCUAUUUACUAUGACACUUUUGCCGAGGACUACAAGGCGCUCAAGGAGUUCUUUGCAGAGUACGUGGUUGAGCUUUUGGCUAAAGAUGGCAAGUUCGGGUGGUAUAACGGGUUGGGCGCUGAUAGACAGAUUUGCUAUGAUGUUUACACAAUGGUUGCUGAGAUGGAUCUGUUCGAGGCGGGUUUCGAUACAGCAUGGGAGGAUAUCAAUGUUCCGUCUGGGUUACAUGGCAGUGACCAGUGGACGGGCACAAGGAGGCCGUACUGGACUAUUGAUGUCUACCGGUUACCGGUGAAUACGUUUAUCAAGUAGAAAAGACUCUCUCACCCGAAGAGAUUGGAAUGAAAUUUCAAUUGAAGUAUGAAAUAUAGAUCUCAAUAUAUAUCGUC